GCGGCUCGCGCCCGGGAGCGCCGCCGGGUCCCUGAAGCCGGUCGCGUCCUUUGUGCGGCGCUCGGGUUGCGCCGCUGGGCAGCGGGACGGAAUGCGGGCGCUGCGGAGGCUCUUCUCUUCUGCUCAAACUCUCGAAACAAUGGACUGUAAGAGGAGCAUGGACUGAGGGGGGCGAGCGGGGAAGCGAGCUGCACCGGGAAUCAUGACUUCUGCCGCGGAGAUUAAGAAGCCACCAGUGGCCCCUAAGCCAAAGUUUGUGGUAGCAAAUAAUAAGCCAGCUCCACCUCCUGUUGCACCCAAACCCGAUACUGUGAUUUCUAGUGUUCCACCGUCAACAAAGAAAACCAAACCAGCAAUAGCCCCGAAACCAAAAGUUCUGAAAGGCUCACCUGUUAGAGACAUCGGGCAGUCACCAUCAAGGAAAAUCACUGUAAACCUGGAAGAGCACAAACAGGAAUUACCUGAAGAUGCCGACAACUCUAACUGUAAAAAUGUAGGGCAUCAGAGCAGUGAUUAUAUUUUACCAAUGUGUUCCUGCAGUUCUCAGUGUAUCCAUAAACUUGGGAAUAGAGAGAAUUUGUGUGUAAAGCAACUUGUCUUAGAGACCCUGGAAACGCAUGAAAACUUAGAAUAUAGUAAAACUGAGGAGUCCUCUUUAGCCGUAAAAACAAGGAGUAAAUGUGAUUCUAAUGUUGAGAAUGUCAAGAGCCAGAGUGAAGUCGUUUUAAAGGCAAACAUCCUAGAAGAGAAGCUCAAAGAUGUUUUAACACAACGAACAUCACCUUUUAUUUCCCUACCGAAGCACAGAUCCACAGACAGCCCAGAAAUUAAUGAUGGUUAUAAUUCCAACAGACAAUUCAGAAUUGAGUUUGCAGAUUUGUCACCUUCCCUGUCCAGCUUUGAAAAAGUUCCUGAUCAUCGCCACUGCCACCUACAGCUUCCUAGUGACGAAACUUACCAGCCUAGCAGUGAUAAAAGCAAUACUUGCUUUUAUUCAUCUGGACGAGAAGCUCUGGAAAAUGGUAAAAGGAGUACUUUUUUACCUUCAGAUGGAGUUAGUAAGAAAUCAGAAGUCAAAGACCUUGGUCCCUUAGAAAUUCACUUAGUACCACAUACCCCCAAAUUUCCAACCCCCAAGCCCAGAAAGACACGGGCUGCUCGUCUGUUACGUCAAAAGUAUGUAGAUGUGCCUAGUGAAAGUGCUGAAGAACCAGAGAAUUUAGACAGUAACUCUUCUUGUCUUUUAGAAGCUGGUUUGAAAAACAAUAAAAUCAGUGUUCUUCAUCAUAAUGUUUUGUGUAAUCAGGAACAGGUGGACAAAGUGAAGCCAGGAAAUAAAAGUGAAUUGAAUGUGGACUGCAGUGGUGACAGAGAAAAUUUAGUCAGUCCACAGAAAGCUGUGUGUCCUGAAACAUCUUCCUUUGAAAAAAUGGAAACAGAUUCUAAUUUAAGUUCUGACAGCAAGACAGUAGAUGGUUGUAGUAUGUCACUUGCUGUGGACAAAGAGACCAGUUUUAUAAGGUGCAGUACUUUAUCUAUGAGCCUGCCGAAGCAGCUCAAAUUAACCUGCAAUGAACAUUUGCCUACUACCUGCAACAUGGGAGUGUCUGCCCCUCAAAUACAAAAGGAAUCUACAAUAAAAGGUGAAAAUUCCUCAAGGAUUGUCCCAAAAAAACCUCAAAGACACAGCUUGCCUGCUGCAGGAGUGCUUAAAAAGGCUGCCUCAGAGGAGAUUGUGGAGAAAAGUUCUUAUCCCUCAAAUGAAGAUAAUAAUUCAGAGAAAGGUCUAGAAAGAAAUGACCUUCAGCAUUUGUGUGCCCAAAACCUCAGUAUGUCAUCCUCCUUUGAUAUGCCUAAACGGGCUCCAGAAAAGCCAGUGUGGAAAUUACCUCAUCCUAUUUUACCCUUUUCGGGGAACCCAGAAUCCUUAAAGUCUGUCACUACAUCAUCAAAUAGUGAGCUUUCAACUGCCAUAACUAAGCCUCGAGCAAAAUCAUUAUCUGCCAUGGAUGCGGAAAGGUGCACUAAGCCUUGCAAAGACACUCAGAAGAAAAACUCUUUAAAGAAGUUGCUGAACAUGAAACUGUCCAUCUGCUUCAUGAAGAGUGACUUCCAGAAAUUUUGGUCCAAGAAUAGCCAGCUUGGAGAUGUAACUGCAGGCAGCCUCUCAGGUGGGGAGAGGAAAGGAAUUGAAAGUGAUUGGCAUGGCCUGUUGGUAGAAGAGAAGAGAAGUAAACCCAUCAAGGCGUAUUCUGCAGAUAACUACAGCUUGGAAUCUCAAAAGAAGAGGAAGAAGUCUCGGGGCCAGACCAGUGCAGUUAAUGGACCACGAGCUGAGUCUUUGGAUGACCAAAUACUCUCCAGGGAGUCAUUAUCUCAGGCGCCUUGCAAAUCUAUCACAAGUGGCUGUGCCCCAGAGUAUGAAAAUGUACGCCAUUAUGAGGAAAUACCAGAGUAUGAGAACUUGCCAUUUAUAAUGGCCAUAGGGAAAACUCCCGAGUUAGAAUGGCAGAAUUCCAGAAGCAUGGAGGACACCGAUGCAAAUGUGUACGAGGUAGAAGAGCCAUAUGAAGCUCCAGAUGGCCAGUUGCAACUUGGACCCAGACAUCAGCAUUCCAGCAGUUCUGGAGCAUCCCAGGAGGGACACAACGAUCUUGAUCUUGGUCUUGGUGAACUUCCUUCGGAUGAGGAAGAAGACAUCAACAGUUCUGACGAAGACGAUGUCAGCUCUGACUCUAGUAAAGGGGACCCUGACCUGGGAGACAAACAGAAUGAAGAUACUGGAAUGAAGAGUAAAGUCCAUCAUAUUGCCAAGGAGAUCAUGAGCUCAGAGAAGGUGUUUGUGGAUGUAUUAAAACUUUUGCAUAUUGAUUUCCGAGAUGCAGUGGCCCAUGCUUCCAGGCAACUUGGGAAACCCGUGAUUGAGGACCGGAUCCUAAAUCAGAUCCUGUACUACUUGCCUCAGCUGUAUGAGCUCAACCGGGAUCUCCUGAAGGAAUUGGAGGAAAGGAUGUCAAACUGGACUGAACAACAUAGAAUUGCUGAUAUCUUUGUAAAGAAGGGACCGUAUCUAAAAAUGUAUUCCACGUACAUCAAAGAAUUUGAUAAAAAUAUAGCUUUGCUGGAUGAGCAGUGCAAGAAGAACCCAGCUUUUGCUGCUGUUGUUAGAGAUUUUGAGACGAGCCCACGCUGUGCUAACCUGGCCCUCAAGCACUACCUGCUCAAGCCGGUUCAGCGGAUCCCCCAGUACAAGCUGCUGCUGACAGAUUAUUUGAAAAAUCUUCUAGAGGACUCUGGAGAUUACAGAGACACUCAAGAUGCCCUUGCUGUCGUUAUAGAAGUCGCCAACCACGCCAAUGACACCAUGAAGCAAGGAGACAAUUUUCAGAAGCUUAUGCAGAUUCAGUACAGCCUAAAUGGACACCAUGAAAUAGUGCAGCCCGGACGGGUUUUUCUCAAAGAGGGAACUCUGAUGAAGCUGUCUCGGAAAGUCAUGCAGCCCCGAGUGUUUUUCCUGUUUAAUGAUGCCCUGCUGUAUACAACACCAGUGCAGUCUGGGAUGUAUAAACUGAACAAUAUGCUCUCAUUGGCUGGAAUGAAGGUCAGAAAACCCACCCAAGAAGCAUAUCAGAAUGAACUAAAGAUUGAAAGUGUAGAACGCUCCUUUAUCCUCUCAGCCAGUUCUGCGACAGAAAGGGAUGAAUGGCUAGAAGCAAUUUCCAGGUCAAUAGAAGAGUAUGCCAAAAAAAGAAUCACAUUCUGCCCUAGUAGGAGUCUUGAUGAGGCUGACUCAGAAAAUAAAGAGGAAGUUAGUCCUCUUGGAUCAAAAGCUCCCAUCUGGAUCCCUGAUACUAGAGCCACAAUGUGUAUGAUCUGCACAAGUGAAUUUACUCUGACCUGGAGACGACACCACUGCCGGGCCUGUGGGAAGAUUGUAUGCCAAGCCUGUUCAUCAAAUAAAUAUGGUUUAGAUUACCUGAAAAAUCAACCAGCAAGAGUAUGUGAACAUUGUUUCCAAGAACUACAGAAACUAGAUCACCAGCAUUCUCCUAAGAUUGGAUCUCCCGGAAAUCACAAAUCUCCUUCAAGUGCCUUAUCAUCAGUCUUACAUAGUAUUCCAUCAGGGAGGAAACAGAAAAAGAUCCCAGCUGCUCUCAAAGAAGUAUCAGCAAACACGGAAGAUUCUUCCAUGAGUGGCUACUUGUACAGAUCAAAGGGCAAUAAAAAACCUUGGAAACACUUGUGGUUUGUCAUAAAAAAUAAAGUGCUGUAUACAUAUGCUGCAAGUGAGGACGUGGCAGCUUUAGAGAGUCAGCCUUUACUAGGAUUCACUGUCGCUCAAGUCAAAGAUGAGAAUUCAGAGUCCAGAGUGUUCCAGUUACUACACAAAAACAUGUUAUUUUAUGUGUUCAAAGCAGACGAUGCUCACUCAGCUCAGAAGUGGAUAGAAGCAUUUCAGGAAGGCACAAUAUUGUAGCGAUACUGGUUUCAUCCCUUCUGUGAUUCCAAAUGGGUGGAAUUUCAUCAGAAUGGAGUAAAUGCAGUACAAAAAUGUUAUAUAAAUGAACACUGCCAAGAUAAAUCCAGCCAAAAUCUUCAUCAAAUAUUGUGAAUUAUUUUGUUAGGUGUAAGGUAAUUUUUUUUAAUGUUUGUUUUCUCAUGUAUGUUAUUUAUUAAAAUUUUGAUGUUUA